AUGAAUAUAGACAUAGAUGAACAACCUUAUCUUCCAGGAUAUCUCAAAGUUGAUGACAGUCAAGCCGAAUCAGUUCCAACUGAUUAUCCUGUUCCGCCUGAAGUUUUGCUAUACUAUUUUGAAAUCAAUAUUAUAGAUAAAGGUGAAGAUGGAUAUAUUGGAGUUGGAUUUGCUAGAGAUUUAGAAAUACUUGAUAUUUUACCAGGUUUAUUAAGAUGGUGUCCGGGAACGAUGGGAUAUCAUGGCGAUGAUGGAUGUAAAUUUUUUGAAAACGGUUUUGGCACAAAGUACGGGCCUUUAUAUAGCACGGGAGACACCAUUGGUUGUUGUGCGUUUUUCUCUGACCCUCGAAUUGUUGCUCAAGUAGAGGACUCUAGCGAGAUUCAGAGACGACAUAUUAUGGAUGUAUUCGAUGAGAAUCUGUACACAAUUUAUGAUUUUGUGUGA